UUAUUUUUAUAAGCAAAUAUAAAAGAUUAAAAUAUGGGAAAAGAAAAGCCUGGUUUUUUGACUCCAAAGGCUAUAUCAAAUCGAAUUAAAUCAAAAGGAUUGCAAAAGUUACGUUGGUAUUGCCAAAUGUGUCAAAAACAAUGUCGUGAUGAGAAUGGUUUCAAAUGUCAUUGCAUGUCAGAAUCACACCAAAGGCAGUUACUACUUUUUGCUGAAAAUCCUCAUAAAUAUCUUGAUUCAUUUUCAAAAGAAUUUUUUGAUGAUUUUAUAUAUCUGCUUUCAAGAAGGUUUGGUACAAAACGAGUCCAUUGUAAUAUUGUCUACCAAGAGUAUGUCGCAGAACGAAACCACACUCACAUGAAUGCAACACAGUGGGAAACACUUACUGAUUUUGUGAAGUGGCUAGGACGAGAAGGUCAUUGUGUAGUGGAUGAGACUCCAAAAGGAUGGUUUAUUACAUAUAUUGACAAAGAUCCUGAAGUUAUUGCAAGGCAAAAGGCUGCUGAGGCCAAAGUAAAAAAGGAACUUGAUGAUCAAGAAAGAAUAGCAAAAUUUGUUGAAAAGCAAGUUGAAAGAGCAAAGGAAACACUUGGAGAACCGACAGAAGCAACUUUUACAGAGUUAAAAAGGUCUGAUGAGGAGGAGAAAGUCCAGUUCUCGUUUUGCAAGCCAGGAUCGUCAACAAGUGAUAAAGUUGUUCGUCCGAUUGAUAUACCUAAACUGGCUGCAAAACUACCAAUAAAACAAGAGUCCAUAAAAGUUUUCAAGGAAAAACCUGUUAAAAGAAAAUCAGCAUUAGAAGAAAUUGUGGAAGAAGAAAAAAAGAAAUUAGCAAAGAAAACUGCUAUAAGGAAGGAAAACUGGUUGACAGAGGGAAUAGUUGUUAAAAUCAUAACAAAAAAACUUGGAGAUAAAUAUUACAAGAAAAAAGGAGUUAUAAAGGAGGUGAAAAAUUUAUUUAUAGCAUUCAUACAGCUUGACUCUGGUGAUACUUUGAAGCUUGAUCAGACCCAUUUGGAAACUGUAAUACCUGCUAUUGGUAAAGAGGUUAAAAUUGUGAACGGGCUACAUCAAGGUUGUACUGCAACAAUGCUUGGAAUCAAUCAAGAGAAAUUUUCAGCUACUCUUCAACUCAAGGAUGGACCAUUAAAAGGAAGCACUAUCGAAGAUGUGAAGUACGAAGACUUUUGUAAGCUAGCAACUACAUGAUUUUAAUGGUAUUAUGUGAAAUUAAGAAUCUCCAGAAACUCUUGUAAAAUGUCGCAGUAAAAACAAACUGUAAUACGAUAUUAUAAUAGUCGAACAAUUAUUGAAAUAAUACUAACGUUUAAACUUUGUUAACGAUAAUCAUAAAAUUGAAGAUAAGUAAUAAAGUAUAAAUUAUUGAAAUAAUACGUAUAAAUAAUAACGUAUGACUUGUUAACAAUAAUAAUAAAAUUGAAUUUAAGUCGCAAAGUCUGCUAAAA